UUUACCUCAUUGUAGGAUUUUAUUGCAACAGCAUUCACCACCACAAGCAUGGUAAAAGAACAGUUCAGAGAAACAGAUGUUGCUAAGAAAAUAAGCCAUGUCACUUUUGGAUUAUUGAAUGCAAAUGAAAUCCAACAGCUAGCUCAUCUACAUGUAGUUAGUAAGAAUUUGUACAAUCAAGAUGGACACCAUAAACCAGUUCAACAUGGAGUUCUGGACCACAAAAUGGGUACCAGUGAGAAGGACAAUAGCUGUGAAACAUGUGGAAAAGGAUUGGCUGAUUGUGUUGGUCACUAUGGUUAUAUUGACCUUGAACUGCCAUGUUUCCAUAUUGGCUAUUUCAGAGCUACCAUAAUGGCACUUCAGACCAUAUGUAAGACUUGCAGUAGAGUUAUACUUCCCCCUGAAGUCAAACAAACCUUUAUGGAGAAGUUAAAAAGACCAAUGUCUUAUCUUCAGAGAAAAGCUAUGAGAAAGAAAAUUUAUGAAAGGAGUAGAAAAGUGUCAAUAUGUCCAUAUUGUGCUGCAUACAAUGGAAUGGUAAAAAAAUGUGGAUUGUUAAAGAUUGUCCAUGAUAAGAAUAAAUCUAAAACUGAAUCACCUGUUCUCAUAGAGCCCUAUCUUAAUGCUUUAGAUCACAACAAAGAAAUUGAGGCACUGAUUCCGAAAAAUUUGGAAGUUUUAAAUCCUCUUGAUGUUUUACAUUUGCUUCAAAGAAUCCCUGAUGAGGAAGUUCCACUGAUUUUGAUGAAUAAUGAAGUUGGAAAACCAUCAGAUUUAAUACAGACCAGAAUUUUAGUCCCACCAAUUUGUAUACGUCCCUCUGUAGUGUCAGAUUUAAAAUCUGGAACAAAUGAAGAUGACAUCACAAUGAAACUGACAGAGAUUUUAUUCCUAAAUGAUGUGAUACAGAAACAUAAAGCAACUGGUGCUAAAAUGUCCAUGAUAAUGGAAGACUGGGAUUUCUUACAGUUACAGGUAGCUCUCCUAUAUAACAGUGAAACCUCUGGAAUUCCAUUACAUAUGAUGCCAAAAAAAUCAACAAGAGGAUUUGUUCAAAGGUUAAAGGGUAAACAGGGUCGUUUCCGAGGUAACCUGUCAGGAAAACGUGUAGAUUACUCUGGAAGAACUGUAAUCUCUCCAGACCCAAACAUGAGAAUUGAUCAGGUGGCAGUUCCAGAACAUGUUGCUAGGAUACUGACAUAUCCAGAAAGAGUUACUAAAUCUAACAUACAGUUUCUGAGAGAACUUGUUCUAAAUGGCUGUGAUCACCAUCCUGGUGCUAACUUUGUACAGCAGAAAGAAACACACUUGAAAAAAUUUUUAAGAUAUGGCAACAGAGAGCGAAUAGCUAAAGAUUUAAAAUAUGGUGACAUCGUUGAAAGACAUCUUAUUGAUGGAGAUGUUGUACUGUUUAACAGGCAGCCAUCUUUACAUAAACUUAGUAUCCAGGCAUUCUAUGCAAAAGUGAUGCCACAUAGAACUUUCAGAUUUAAUGAGUGUUGCUGUAAUCCAUUCAAUGCAGAUUUUGAUGGAGAUGAGAUGAAUCUUCACCUUCCACAAACAGAAGAAGCCAAGGCAGAGGCACUUAUACUAAUGGGGUCAAAGUCAAAUAUAAUUACACCCAGAAAUGGUGAACCUUUGAUAGCUGCUAUACAGGAUUUCAUCACAGGAGCCUAUUUAUUGACACAGAAAGAUGUGUUUUUUGAUCGAGCCAAGGCAUGCCAGCUGAUAUCGUCCAUGUUAACUGGUAUUGAUAGUACUGUCAGAAUAGAUCUUCCUCCUCCUGCAGUUUUUAAGCCGUGUAAGCUGUGGACUGGGAAGCAGAUUUUCAGUGUUUUGUUGAGGCCAAACAUUGAUUGUCCUGUACGAGUGAAUCUUAGAACUAAAGGAAAGAACUAUUCUAAUAAUGAGGACCUCUGUUUCAAUGAUUCGUUUAUAGUUAUUAGGAAUAGCAAACUGUUGACUGGAUCUAUGGAUAAAGCGACACUGGGAUCAGGUUCUAAGACCAAUAUAUUUUAUAUCAUUCUACGAGACUACGGUGAAGUGUAUGCUGCAGACACAUUAUCCAGACUUGCAAGGCUGUGUCCUGCAUUCCUCUCAAAUCGUGGUUUUUCUAUUGGUAUUGGUGAUGUGACUCCAGGUCAAGGAUUGAUUAAUGCUAAAAACCUUCUUCUUGAUGAUGGGUAUAGAAAAUGUGAUGGAUAUAUCCAGGAUUUAGAAGAAGGAAAACUACGGACUCAACCAGGAUGCACUGAGGAAGAAACUUUGGAGGCAAUGAUUUUGAAGGAGUUGUCAGUUAUCAGAGACCACACAGGAAAAGCUUGUCUGAGAGAACUGGACAAAAGUAAUAGUCCAUUGAAUAUGGCUAUCUGUGGAUCAAAAGGUUCAUUUAUCAACAUUUCACAGAUGAUUUCCUGUGUAGGACAACAGGCCAUCAGUGGAAAGAGAGUGCCAAAUGGAUUUGAAGACAGAGCAUUGCCUCAUUUUGAAAAGCAUUCAAAAGAUCCAGCAGCUAGAGGUUUUGUAGAGAACAGUUUCUAUUCUGGACUAACUCCAACUGAGUUUUUCUUCCACACAAUGGCUGGUAGAGAAGGUUUAGUGGAUACAGCUGUCAAAACAGCAGAAACUGGUUACAUGCAGAGGAGAUUGGUUAAAUCACUGGAAGAUCUCUGUAGUCAUUAUGAUCUGACUGUGAGGACCUCAACCAAUGACAUAGUCCAAUUUAUAUAUGGUGGAGAUGGCCUCGACCCUGUUCACAUGGAAGGAAAGGACCAACCAAUGGAUUUCAGAAGAGUAUUAGACCAUAUCAGGGCCAAUACACAAAGUGAAGUUCAACAGGAGCCAUCAUUGAGUGGUCCACAGCUGAUCCAGUUUGUUGAAGAAGUUUUAAAUGAAGAAAGAUUUCAGGAUUGUAGUGAUGACUUUAAAGCAGAUCUAAGAAAAUUCACAGAAACAGUUGCUGAAAAAAUAACCAAAAUAAGACAGAAAUAUAAAGGUUCUGAUAAACGAAUAAAGGCUGGAAAAGUUUCAGUUUUGAGUCAACUGGAAAGAAUCACUAACAGUCAGAUGGACAAAUUUUUAUAUUGCUGUAAAGACAAAAGAAUGAGAUCACAAAUUGAACCAGGAACAGCUGUGGGAGCUAUAGCAGCUCAGAGUAUUGGCGAACCAGGUACACAGAUGACACUGAAAACCUUCCAUUUUGCAGGAGUUGCCUCUAUGAAUAUAACACAGGGUGUGCCUAGGAUCAAAGAAAUAAUCAAUGCCGCCAAGGCUAUCAGUACCCCCAUCAUUACAGCUCAGUUAGAAGUAGAUAAUGAUCCAGAGUAUGGUAGGAUGGUUAAAGGAAGAAUCGAAAAGACAUGCUUAGGGGAGGUUACUGAAUAUUUUGAAGAAGUAUUUUUACCGGAUGAUUGCUUCAUUCUGAUAAAGCUUGAUAUGGCAAGGAUAUGUUUACACAAGUUGGAGGUUAAUGCUGGUAGUAUUAAAGAAUCAAUAUGUGUUUCCAAGUUAAAAGUAAAAGCACAGCAUGUAAAGAUCCAAAGUGAGGCAGUAAUCACAGUACAUCCACAAGAAUCCUCUAAAAGUUCAAUGUAUUAUAUUCUCCAAUUCCUUAAAAAAGAAUUACCCAAAGUCAUGAUCAAGGGUAUACCAUCAGUGACCAGGGCUGUCAUACAUAUAGAUGAGAAGAAUGAAGAACUGUAUAAAUUAUUAGUAGAGGGAAAUAAUUUACAGGCAGUCAUUGCUACCCCAGGAAUCAAAGGAACACAUGUGACAUCAAACAAUACAUUUGAAGUAGAGAAAUGUCUGGGUAUAGAGGCAGCUAGAAGUACUAUCAUUGAAGAGAUCAAUUACACUAUGGUGAACCAUGGCAUGAGUAUUGACAUACGACAUGUCAUGUUACUGGCAGACCUGAUGACUUUCAAGGGUGAAGUUUUAGGAAUUACCAGGUUUGGACUGGCAAAGAUGAAAGAGAGUGUACUUAUGUUAGCAUCAUUUGAAAAGACAGCUGAUCAUUUAUUUGAAGCUGCUUAUCAUGGCCAGAAAGACACAAUAAAUGGUGUAAGUGAGUGCAUAAUUAUGGGAAUACCAAUGGGAAUUGGAACAGGACUAUUCAAGCUACUUCAUAAAGUAGAAAAGGACGCACAGUUACAGAGAAGACCUUUAGUAUUUGAUGAUCCAUCCUUUCACAUCUUCAGCUGAAGACAGGAAUUGGUACCAGCAAGAUUCAAUAAACAAUGGAAGAUAUUUGGUUACAGUCAUCAACGAAAACAUCAAUGAAGAUAAAUAUUAAAGGGUUAACACAUGAUUAAACAUUUUGGGUUACUAACUGCUUGUAUAGAACUGUUCAGUAAUGGACGAUUGAAAAUGAUCCACAUUACUAAGGAAUAUAUGAUUGUUGUAGAUCAUUAAGUAAUGAGGAUGACUGUCAGUUAUGGGUUGUUUGUUAUGAUACAUGAUAUGAAAAAAUAAAAUUUUGUACAAGGA